AUGAAAGGAGUCAGCAGAUUUGGAAGAGUGAGUACGCUCAGUCCAAGGUAUGUUGGACCUUUUGAAAUCCUUGAAAGGAUUGGUAAGUCUGCCUACAAAUUGUUACUAUCUGAUCAGAUGUCUGAUGUGCAUAAUGUUUUUCACGUAUCUACUUUGAGAAUGUGGAUAUCUGAUUCUGAAAAGAAGUUUUCUGCUGAUGAGGCUGAGAUUCAGGAGAAUCUGCAGUACAAAGAAGAACCUGAGUUGAUUUUGGCUUACGAUGUUUGUAAGUUAAGAAGUAAACAGAUUCAUAUGGUUAAAGUUCAGUGGAAGCACCGAACAGCACGCGAAGCGACUUGGGAGAAGGAGUCGGACAUGAGACAGUCGUAUCUAGCUCGAGAAGGAGAACAAGAUAAAGAUGAUCAAAGAGCGGUUCCAAACAUUGAGACACUUUUCAGAAGAUUUUGGAAGGUAGCUUCCCCAUACUGGUCAUCAGAAGAUAAAAUCCAGGCCAGGUUAAAGCUUGCUGCUGUUUUUGCUCUCACCUUAGGAACUACAGGAAUUAGCGUUGGGUUUAAUUUUCUUGGUCGGGACUUCUACAAUGCGCUUGCUAAUAAGGACCAAGAACAAUUUACAAAGCAACUUCUUUACUACUUGGGAGCUUUUGCUGGAGGGAUUCCGAUCUUUGUCCUGAGAGAUUAUGCAAAAGAUACCCUUUCUCUAAGGUGGAGAUCUUGGAUGACAAGCUACUACUUGGAACGUUACCUAAAGAAUCGUACAUUUUACAAAAUUCAGUCUCAAUCCAUAAUUGACAACCCUGACCAGCGCAUUGUUGACGAUCUAAGCUCCUUCACUGGAACAGCUCUUGCAUUUUCAUUGACUGUCUUUAAUGCAGCUGUUGACUUGAUAUCUUUCAGUAAUAUCUUGUAUGGAAUCUACCCUCCCUUAUUUGUAGUUCUUAUUGUUUAUUCACUUGGGGGUACUGCUGUUAGUGUGUUUCUUGGAAAGGGUUUAGUAAACUUGAACUUCAUGCAAGAGAAGAAAGAAGCUGAUUUUCGUUAUGCACUAGUGAGAGUUCGAGAAAAUGCUGAGUCAAUUGCAUUUUAUGGUGGUGAAAAAAAUGAAAAGCAGCUUCUGUUAGACCGUUUCAAGAGGGCUUUUGAAAAUCUAAGUCAACUGUUGAUUUCUUCUCGGAAUCUUGAGUUUUUCACAAGUGGAUACCGGUAUUUGAUUCAGAUUCUUCCGGCUGCUGUAGUUGCCCCUAUGUACUUCUCUGGCAAAAUUGAGUUUGGGGUUAUCAACCAAUCUGUUUCUGCUUUCAAUCAUAUAUUAAGCGAUUUCUCCUUGAUUGUUUACCAAUUUCAAUCAAUAAGUGCCUUCUCAGCCAUAAUUGAUCGUCUAGGUGAGUUUGAUGACGUUCUGGAUGCUGCUUUCUCAAAUGAUUUGAAAUCUGAUGAUUCUGAAGAGAUUAUCAUUCAUCAUACUGACCUUUGUGUUCAAUCUUCCUCUGAUUGUAAUGGUUCAAUACCUCAGUCUGAGUGUCAAAAAUUACUGGAGGUUUAUAAUUUGACAUUACAAACGCCAAGAAGUGGAACAAUCCUUAUUAAAGGCUUGUCUUUCGUGAUCAAUGAAGGGGAUCACCUACUGAUUACGGGACCAAGUGGAAGUGGCAAGACGUCAUUCUUAAGAGCUCUGGCUGGCCUCUGGACUAGCGGGCAAGGGAACAUCACAUUUUAUGGGAAAGAUUCUACUCGUUGUCAAACAUCUCUCUCAUCAGGCACAAAUUCUUCACCACAACAAUUAUCAAAAGAUGAUGAUCUUCAAAACAAGAGGUAUAGAAGAGAUGGCCAAGUGUUUUUCCUUCCGCAGAGGCCAUAUAUGGCCUUGGGAACACUUCGCCAGCAGCUACUCUAUCCAACAUGGAGUGAGAAUUCACUUCCAGUUUCAACUAACUCUGGGAUUGCUGGUAUGUUGGCCUUUAUCCUAUAUCUUAUUGCAUGGUGGGGUGUGACACAUCACCUAAAUGAUCAAAUGACCUCCGAUCGCCAAACAAACUGUGUCGUUGGGAUCAGAGCGUCGAAUUUGCCUAUGAGCGAGCCCCUCGCAGUAGAACCUUUCUCAAAUGAUUUGAAAUCUGAUGAUUCUGAAGAGAUUAUCAUUCACCAUACUGACCUUUGUGUUCAAUCUUCCUCUGAUUGUAAUGGUUCAAUACCUCAGUCUCACUGUCAAAAAUUACUGGAGGUUUAUAAUUUGACAUUACAAACGCCAAGAAGUGGAACAAUCCUUAUUAAAGGCUUGUCUUUCGUAAUCAAUGAAGGGGAUCACCUACUGAUUACGGGACCAAGUGGAAGUGGCAAAACGUCAUUCUUAAGAGCUCUGGCUGGCCUCUGGACUAGUGGUCAAGGGAACAUCACAUUUUAUGGGAAAGAUUCUACUCGUUGUGAAACAUCUCUCUCAUCAGGCACAAAUUCUUCACCACAACAAUCAUCAAAAGAUGAUGAUCUUCAAAACAAGAAGUAUAGAAGAGCUGGCCAAGUGUUUUUCCUUCCGCAGAGGCCAUAUAUGGCCUUGGGAACACUUCGCCAGCAGCUACUCUAUCCAACAUGGAGUGAGAAUUCACUUCCAGUUUCAACUAACUCUGGGAUUGCUGCAUCCAGCUCAUCUCAGAACAACGACAUGCCUUCUACUGAAGAUCUCGUCCAUGUGCUCAAUGUCGUUUCCCUCAGUGACAUUUUGUCUCGUUUCCAAGGCUUGGAUUGCUUGUAUGAGUGGUCUAGUGUACUCUCACUCGGCGAGCAGCAGCGUCUUGCAUUUGCUCGGUUGUUGCUUGCAAAGCCAAAUUUUGUUUUAUUGGAUGAGUCCACAAGUGCCUUAGAUGAAGCCAAUGAGGCUCAUCUCUACAAGCAAAUUGAAGCUGCAGGGAUAACAUAUAUCAGCAUCGGACACCGCUCAACACUCUUCAAGUACCAUAGCAAGGUCUUGAAAAUCUCAAAGUUUGAUCAUAACAACAACCAGCAGAACUGGCAACUUUGGCCCAUAAGUAAAGCCACUAAACCUCAGUCCAUACCAGCUUCUUGACCUGAAAUGGAACAAUCCAAACUCUAACGGUCGACAAAAGCGAGAUCCAUCUGCCUAUUUUGAUGCAUAUCAGAAGAAUUUUUUGCGUUGUCUGCUCAGUUAUUACUCCUUUUAUAUACGUAGACUAAGGCUUGUUUGUGACGGUUUUCUUAUUGCUUCGUAAAGCAGUUUUUUAAUAAAAAAUUAAAAUUUUAUACUAAAAAGUUGUUUUAAGAAGCGGAAUAAAAGUCGUCCCAAACGAAGCCAAAACAAGACUUUUAUCUGUGAGAAUCUAAGAAGAAAAUAUCAAUGCAGUUUUUGGUGAUAGAUAACUGAGAUUUAGGCUUCGUUUAGGACGGCUUUCUUUCUGCUUCAUAAAGCAGCUUUUUAGUACAAAAUUUUUAUACUAGAAAGCCGCUUUAAGAAGCAUAAAGAAAGUUGUUCCAAAUGAAGCCUUGGAAUGAAGCUGUAUUUUACUAAUGGAGGAAUGCCUGUACUGAAGAUGAUUACACAGUUUCAUUAAGCAGGAGGCAAGAAAGUGAUGCUAUUACUGCAGGUUGAUAAUAGUCUUAUGAAUUUGGAUUUUAAUUGUAUGGUUGAAAGCAUUGGUAUCAUUUUCAUUGUAGUUUUGAAUAAAAAAAAAUUAAGAGGAUAAUAUUAAUAUGUAUGUAUAGAAAUUGAAUUUAUAAAUUUUGGUUUUGUUU